AUGCGUUUCACCAUCCUCACUGCUUUCGCCCUCGUUGGCCUUUCCAUGGCUAACUCGAUCCCCUCCGGAGGACAGUGCAAGCAGGAUGGAAGCUUGGGUAACUGUGAAUCUAAGCUCUGCGUGCAAGAAGAUGCUAAUUCCGGUCUACAACAGCAACUGGCUAACGAGCCCUUCGGAAAGUGCAAAUAA